AUGCAUGUUUUGUAAGUCCUAGCUUUCAUCGUAACAAGCAGCCUGAGCGGAGAAUAUACCAGUACACCCCCAAAUGUCCGUCGUGAUAACAUGAUGUUGCGCGCUGUUUUGUUGUGUUUUGCUUUCUUCUGUUCCGUGUGCCACGUUUAUGCAAGAAAACCGGUAUUCUGCUACUACGCGGCUUGGUCAACUUAUCGAGCCGGAAGGGGUCAGUUUGACGUAGAGCAGAUAAACCCACACCUCUGCACGCACCUGUUGUAUGCGUUCUUCGGGGUAGAUGAUUAUGGAACAGUGACGGUAUUGGAUCCAUGGCUGGACCUAGAAGAUGGCGGAGGGCGAGGAAACAUUCGCCGCUUCAAUGAGCUGCGCAACGUGAAUCUAAAUCUGCGCACAUUGGCCGCCAUCGGAGGAGCUACAGUGGAUCCAGAGUUGUUUUCACAAAUUGCGGCCAGUCCCACGCUGAGACGCGAUUUCUCUCACAAUGCUCGUGCUUUCUGUCAAGCUCACGGCUUCGAUGGCAUUGAUAUCGGCUGGGAGUUCCCUGGGAUGCACGAAGGAGACACCAGUAACGAUAAGGCUAAUUUUGUGCUGUUGUUGUCGGAGCUGGCAACCGAAUUGCAUGCCCAUGGUUUGUUUCUGACUGCUGCACUUGCUGCGAGUGAAACGAUUGCUGCAACCGCGUACGACAUUCCUGGAGUGGUCCAGUAUUUGGACUAUGUCAAUCUUAUGGCUUACGAUUACAACGGCGCGUGGAACAACUUUACCGGCCAUAACGCUCCAUUAUACGCAGGGCCGUCUGAUCAGAACGAUUUCCAGCGAAUGCUGAACGUUGAUCACAGUGUGACUUACUGGCUAACGCAAGGAGCACCUCCUUCUAAGCUGAUCCUAGGAAUACCGGCCUAUGGGCGUACGUUCGCCCUCUCGAAUCCUGCCUCCAACGGGUUACGAGCUCCAUCGGAUGGCCCUGGAAUAUCCGGACCGUACACGGGUGAAGCUGGAUUCCUUGCCUACCACGAAGCUUGUGGCCAUUUUCAAGAUGGUUCCAGUUGGGCGCGAGUAUGGGAAGCUACUCAACGAGUGCCGUAUGGAUAUUGGGAUGAUCAGUGGAUAGGGUACGACGAUGAAGAGAGCGUUCGGCAAAAAUGCGAAUACAUCAACAGCCUAGAUCUUGGUGGAGCCAUGGUGUGGUCCAUCGAUAUGGAUGAUUUUCAUGGGUACUGUGGUAAUAGCUUCAAACUACUCCAAACAAUUUACAAUUGUUUGUGA